AUCGCUCCCAUCGUGACAUCCACACCCCCUCAUCUCAUCUUCUCUCAUUCUCAUCACCUAUUCUUUUCCUUAGAACUCACACAAUAAGACAUCAUGAUUAUCGGCAUCGCACACGUAAACCUCACGAUCCCACCCGGAACCCUCGAGCAGGCAGCUGAGUUCUACGGUAACACGCUUGGCUUUACGAGAGUAGCUGUCCCGGUGCUACAGAAGGACACUUUGGCGUGGUUCGACAUCACCCCCAGAGGCCAACAAAUCCACAUCUCUUCCAACUCUGCUGUUCCCAAUGAACCUACCGCCUCCCGCCACCCAUGCUUUAAACUUGAGAAUGUGGAGACAUUGAAUGAGUUGAGGGAGAGGAUAUGGGCGCAUUACGAAAAGGGAGGGGAGGGGAAACCGAUGGCUGUUGACAAGCCAGGGGCUGUGAAUAGUGGAGCGAAAGGGGUAGAGUACCCGACGAGAUUCUUUGCGAGGGAUUAUGCGGGGAAUAGAUUGGAGUUCAGUCUGUGAAGGGACGAGUAUGGCUUGCUGGAAUUGACAUUGAGGCUGGGGUGUAUGAGGGGCGGAUUGGCUUGUGAAUGUCUUGGAGGCUGCUGAUAGUACGAAGUAAUAGACUGUCGAUCUUGAUCAGCUUUCAUGUUCACCUACAUCUCGUUGUAUGUUAUUGUGAUGGGUACCUUCGUCGCACACAAGAGGUGAUCCAAUUUACUUCUGCUGCUUUUCUUGGUCGAUUCAACGUCAGACUUGGUUUGCGUUGGAAUGCUCCUCCCUUCGCUGAUACAACAUCAGCUCUCAAUCCGAAAUUCCAAAUGCACACUCUUUUAGCAG